GGAAAAAAUGGCGGACUCUUCGCAUCUUGAGAAAAUGGGCAGAGAACUCAAGUGCCCCAUCUGCUUGAGUCUCCUGAAUUCUGCAGUUUCACUCACAUGCAAUCAUGUAUUUUGCAAUUUAUGCAUUGAGAAAUCUAUGAGAUCAGCUUCCGAUUGUCCUGUCUGUAAAGUUCCAUAUCGGCGUAGAGAGGUUCGCCCUGCUCCUCAUAUGGAUAAUUUGGUUAGCAUAUACAAGAGCAUGGAAGUUGCUUCGGGAGUCAAUAUAUUUGUCACUCAAAUGGCACCUUCAACCAAAUUAUCAGAUGGAGAGAACAAACCCAAAGGUGAUAGGGUUAGUGGAGAACAAGAGAAUGAUGGAAUUAGCCUUGAGGCACCAGAUAAUCAGAGAAGAUCAGGAAGGAAACGCUCAAAACAAUCAUCAGGACAUAACCUAAAAAAUUCUAAUUUGAACCCUGUGAAACCUUCCUUUCCAACGAAAAAAAGGGUUCAGGUGCCACAGUAUCCUCUUUCAGAGACUCCAACACGGCCUGCAAAGUUUGAAGGUGGGAGGGGUGAAACUAUCAAUGGACCUGGCAAAAGUUCAGUUUUAUCAAUGGAGAAAACUGUUUUAAAUGAAAAUGGAGAGCCAGUGUUUUCUCCAUUCUUCUGGUUGAGAGAGGAAGAUGAUAUAGAAAAAUUAAGUCAGCAGAUUGAUGGUAAUAAUGACAUUGAUCCAACACCAAAAGCUCCUUGCUUCAGUGAUAUCAAGGACUCUGAUGAUGAAAUCCCUUCUAAUAUGACUCCAACAGGGGAAACAAAUAUUGCCUUGAAUGAUGCAGAUUACUUUGACAGUGAAAUGUUUGAAUGGACACAAAGACCUUGUUCUCCUGAACUCUGUUCAACUCCACUGAAAAUGCAGGUUGCAGACUCAUAUGAAUCUGAUGGAAUUCCAGGAAAGGAAGGCAAAGCAUCCUCACAGGGCACAAAUACUAUCCGGGAGCCCAAAAGUGGACAAACAGAAAGUGUGGUUCCCAAGCAGGGGGCUGACAAUACAGAAGAAAGCUUACCCACAUCCUCUCUUAGGACCAAAGGCACUAACAGUGAAGAACAAAUUAAAAGAUCUAAUAAGAGAGGUAGGAAGGCUGGUGGAAGCACCAGAAAGCAGGCCAAGAGAAGUAAGGGUGAAGUUCUUGGAAUCCAUGCUGGUUCACAGGAAGUGGCUGAAAGAAUUAUUCCAGAGAAGAUUGACAAUAACGGCAAUCCAUUGAAUUUGAAAGCAAGAACUCAAAAAAGUGGUGGGAGAGUUGAGUUUGACGCUAUUGCUACAGAAACAAUGCUGGAAAAUUUUCCUACUCUAUUUGCUGAAGCAAAAUCUUUUAAUCAGAGUGAUGAAACUGUGGUCAAUGGUUCCACUUCAUCAGAUCAGAAAGGAAGCAGUGACAAAGUUCUUAAGUCUAAGAAAACUGGCAAAAGUCGUAGGAAGAGUGUUGAUCAUCUACUUGGAGAUCAACGUGCAAGCUUCAAAACCCAGAACCAGGAUUCUGCAAAGAAUAAUGUGGCACAUGAUAGAAAUGUUUCUGACUUGGGGGUGGGAACCUGCAAUGGUGAAAUUAAGACCAUAACUAAGCAGAAAUAUGCUAGGGAACUGAGAUGUUCAAAAAGGCCGAAAAUCUUCACCAACAAUAUUUCAAAGGGUAAGUCGGUUGAUGCUGUUCAAGAUGGUAAUAACAAGGUUUCUGCAAAGAGUAAAAAGGUUCAAGGCAAUUCUGAUGUCAAAGAUCUGAAUAACACAUCAGAAAAGGAGAGGUCUCUUCCCAGUUCUGGUGCACUUUUGCGUAAAUGUGGCACUGUUCUUAAUAAAAUUCAGUGUUCCUUUUGUCAUUCUGCCGAAGACUCCGAGGCCUCAGGAGUCAUGUGUCACUACCUUAAUGGAAAACCUGUUGCAGCAGAUCAUGAUGGAGGAUCCAAGGUCAUUCAUGCACACAGGAACUGUACAGAAUGGGCCCCCAAUGUAUAUUUUCAAGAUGAUAAUGCAAUCAACCUUGAAGCUGAAUUAGCUAGAAGUCGAAGGAUGAAAUGCUGUUGCUGUGACAUCAAAGGGGCAGCUCUUGGGUGUUAUGAGAAGAGUUGUCGCAAGAGCUUUCAUUUUACUUGCGCAAAGUUGAUCCUACAGUGUCGAUGGGAUAAUGAUAAUUUUGUCAUGUUAUGUCCUCUUCAUGCCUCUUCUAAAUUGCCUAAUGAGAUAUCUGGAACUCAAGUAAAAAGGCAAAAGAUAUGUAAUCCAAAAAGGCAAACUCAGACCUACCAACCACAAGUUACAAUUAAGCGUGCUGGUUCCAACAGCACGUGCGUGCGUUGGAAUUCUUGUGGAUCUUUGCAAAAAUUGGUUCUCUGCUGUUCAGCUCUCACAAAUGCAGAGAAGGAAAUUGUUUCUGAAUUUGAGAGGCUAUCUGGAGUUACAGUAUUGAAGAACUGGGAUUCAAGUGUCACCCAUAUCAUUGCUUCAACAGAUGAGAAUGGAGCAUGCCGAAGAACCCUCAAGAUUUUGAUUGGAAUCUUGGAGGGGAAGUGGAUACUGAGCAUUGACUGGAUAAAGGCUUGCAUGAAAGCCAUGGAACCUGUUGACGAGGAGCAUUACGAAAUUGGUGUUGACAUCCACGGGAUCAGGGAUGGUCCUCAACUUGGAAGAUUAAGAAUCUUAAACAAGCAACCAAAGCUUUUCAAUGGGUAUAAGUUUUAUUUUAUUGGAGACUUUAUAGCUUCAUACAAGGGUUAUCUACAAGAUCUUAUAAUUGCUGCUGGAGGUACAGUUCUGCACAGAAAGCCUAUUUCAGGACAUUCAUCAUCUGGAUGCUCUACGUCUCCAACAUUCAUAAUUUACAGCCUUGAGCUACCCGAUAAGUCUGACCCCAGCAAGAGAAAUUUCAUUAUUAACCGUAGGCGGUCUGAUGCAGUGGCUCUAGCAAGUUCUAUUGGAGCCACAACAGCAAGCAAUUCAUGGGUUUUGAACUCCAUUGCUGGCUGUAAGUUACAAAACCUAGCAGAAUAAAAGAGUUGCUUGAUUGUAGGACUGCGCUUCAUGUUUCAUCAAUUCUUUAAUCUAUAAUGUCACUAAAUCUUUCUUCCUUGAAUGUGUAUAAACAUCAUGUUAAUAUAUUUCAACUUUGUGACUGAAGUUUGGCAGUAUAAAUCAUUAAAUAUCUAUUAGUUCAGAGCAGACUGUAUACAAAAUUGUUUCAUGUGAU